ACUCGCCCGUCGCAGCCAGACCCUCCCGAUUGAUGCCGUAUGUGCUCGACGCUGGUGGACGAAGAACUCGAGAUCGGUGAAAUCGAUCGAUCGAACGGAAGGGAACGAUGAUUUCGGACGAUUGAGUCGCCCCGAGCCCGAGGAGGGAGGCCUUGAUCGAGCGGAGGGGGAGGGGGUGAGGGAGGAUUUGGGGGAUUAGAGACGAUGUUCAAGAACCAUGAAGAAAUCGAGAAAGCUCGACGGAAGUCGCAGGGGCAGCAGAAGAGGGCGCUGCGGAAGAGCAUGAUCGCCAUCGAGGAGGAGAGCAGGCGGCUGGCCAAGGGCAAGCUGAUGUCGGACAAGAUGGUGAGGGGAGGCAAGCUGUCGGUGGUCGACAUGCAGAUGCAGAAGUUCAUCCAGCAGAAUCUGAGGGGAGUCAUCGGGCACCUAGGCAACAUCACGGGCGCCAUCGUCGCCCGCAAGGAAGAGCUGAAACUGAAGGCCAAACAAGGCGGCGGUGUCGCCGACGUCCUGGCCGGCCCUCCGGCCAAGACCAUCGAUGAGAAUUCCGAGCGGAAGCGCCUCAGAGCUCACAGCGUGUCUCAGAAUCGAACCGAUCAGGGCGCUCGCGCGUGACCUCUCUCGAUUCGUCGUCGGUCGGUCAGUCAGUCAGGGAGCAAUUCUGGCCUGCAUCGUUUCUCUCUCACGAUUUCUCUCCUUCCAGCGCCCGUCGCCCAGUGCGUCAAAAUUCCCCUUCGUUGUCUCUGGUGGCACGUUCUUCUCGGUGGGCGAAAGUUUGGUUCGGUCAAUUCUCGGAUCUGCUGCGUUUCCACAAUUCCUGGAGCCUGAUUUCGAUGUGGGGUAAGCAUUUCUUUCUAUCUGGCAAUUUGUUUCCUGCCUCAAAUACUGGCACCUUGACCUUGCUCGAGGCUUUUCAUUGCAUCGUUGGCUAUGGUGCUAAUAAUCGGAAACAAAUUGAUUUACAUCUCUUCUGGUUAUGCAUUACCGGAGGGGAUAGGCAACACUGAAAGAACCAGAAGGAUGGGAAGACGAGGAAGAUUGGGAAAGUUUGCACUUCACUGUGAUGAUUCAAAGCCAGCAGUGUAAAGCAUGAAACUCCCGGGUACAAGAUUGAGCUUGUCCCUGAGUUGAUCAUUUUGAGCCACACUUCCCAACUCGUCUUCCACAAAUCUUCGACUAGUGAAGUAUACGAGGCAAUAGAUCAGAUGUCCCGCAUGAAAUUCAUGAUUGCGAAAGGCAAGAGUUCAAGGAGGACGGAAGAAGGAAGUGCCAUUGGACAGCGAACGAGAGAAAGUUUUAUAUUCUCUUCACCAGAGAGUGGCCAGCGCGUUCCAUAGGCGAACGGUGUAGAACAGUAUGAGGUACUUCGAGAUGGUGUCUUGUAAUUCUGACAGUGAAUGAAUGACAUCUAGUCGGUCGGUCACACACAAUGUGGUAAGUGAACACAAUUAACGUAUCGUGCAUGAAAUCUCUCGAACUUGAGAGUCUGGGUUUGAAGAUGAAGCCUCUCCUUUGUUCACAAUGGGCGUCUUCUAAAGAGUUUCCUGAUCAGUGAGCAACAGGCAGUCUUCAAUCCUGCAGUUUCUAUGAUGCAUCCAUGUCUGUCAUCGCUUAAGUUCUGCAUACCAAAAACUGAGCAGCAUGCAGGUAUUGCUCUGUGCAAUGCUCAAUUCGAUACGGUCAGAUUUAUUCGCACAGAGGGCCGAAUUAAAUGUGAAAAAAUUAACUCGGCCUGAGGCAGUAGCGACUUUCCCACAUUCGGAUUCAAUACGUUGGGUACGAGCUAUGUUUACAGUGUGUGGGGAAGCAAAUGGCAGGACAAGAGCAAAUCCUCGAGACUGCCUGCGAGAAUUCGUCAGUCUCCCAUACAGACAGACAGACGACCGGAGCUGUACAUCACUUGCAGUUGACAUUAACCACCGAUUGUGGGAUCUGAUUCACAGCAUGUACGAUCUGCAGGAGUCUGACGGCGAGAGUCUAACUUGUCCUAUUUUAGUCAAUGACAGAAUACUGAACGCCAUGUAUCGGGGGAAGUACGACCCUUGAGCUCGUACAGUCGGUAUGACCUGACAUUCCUGCUGACUGUGGGUCUACUUCUCCAAAGCUGAUAAUAUUGGCAGAACUGAUGACACUAGCCCUCAAGUCUUACACGCAUGAAACCAAGAGCGUCCCAAUAGAAUUGCAAUGCUAUUGGAACUAACUAUCCAUGUGUUCAUCAUCUAGAUCGUGAUAAACAUCGAGAAAAUUACUUGAGGGUAUCGAAACAUAAAUAGUUCAUUGGACCCAUCAGGUAUUGUUUUGUCCUAUGGGAGUUCAACUUGCGAGUAUUCUCCGUGAAUACUCGCAAGUUCUUGAGGGCAAGUUUUCCAAUUGGUUCGGGGUGGGCGUUAUAGUGAUACCAAAUACUAAAUAGAUUGAAACUUCUUCUGCAGAUGCAUCUAGCCAUGUUUCACUUCAACCUUCGGCACCAUUUCUUGGGGCCAUGUGAUAAUAUAUAACAUGAUUCUUUCCAU